AAAAAAAAGAAAAGGGAGAACACGCAAAACAGCAGCGAGCACGCAUUCCUCUCCCCUGUUUCAGCUUUCUCCAUUCCUCCCAUGCUUGGUCAGUUUUGUUCCAUCACUUUUCACUAACCCUAACCAAAUUCCACACGCAAAGGCAAUCAGAAAAGAACAACAGUACCAUUCCUUCAACUUUUCAUGACUUUUUCUUCACUAAACUCACACUCUAACAUAAAGCACAAAUCAAUUCAUUCUUUCUUUGCAAUACCAAAUUUUCUUCCAAACCUCACUUCAAUCAACACUCAAAAUUAUCCAUUGAACAUAAGCCUUCAUCAACAAAUCUAUAAAUGAGAAACCAAAUCAGAACAAAAGGGGAGAAAAAUGGAAGAAAAGAACAAGAGAAACACAGGAAAUUGGGGGGAGUGAAAUUGAAAACAAAAACAGAGAGGCAAAAACAAAACAAACACAUCAGUAGCAAAAUCCCAUUUUCACCGAUAAUCUCCUUUGAACCUCAUCACCAUAUUCGACCAUUAAUCUUCCAUCUUUCACUCAACCUCCACCAUCUCCAAACACAACCAAUUUCGACAAGCCUCAGCAACCACAUCACCGGACCACCACCGAACAAACAGAAUAGAGAUAAGAAACAGAGGAAGGAAAAGAAACCGCCGCCGCUAUUCCACCGAACCUCCGCCACUACCGAAUCCCAUCCAACACCACACACCACGGUGAAUCCCGCUCACUGCUGCUGUCGCUAUUUUCAGACGACCACCGCAUCCAGUCGCCGGCGUCUCUCUCGCCGCCGAUCUCCCUCGCCGCUGCAGUCUCGGUGAGAGUGUUGGCAGUGACAUAAUUUUUUAUAGUCUCUCUACUUUUCAACCAAGAAAAUGUUGACAAAAAUUGCUUCAAUUUUCUUGAUUGGAAUUUUGGCUUUAUCAUAUCAAGCCAUUAUACCACCACCACCAAGAACAUGUGGUUUACCAGGUGGUCCACCUAUAACAGCACCAAGAAUAAAGCUCAGAGAUGGAAGACACUUAGCCUACAAAGAAUAUGGUGUUCCAAGACAAUUAGCCAACCACAAGAUUAUAUUCAUACAUGGCUUUGGUUCAUGCAGACAUGAUACAGUGAUUGCAACAAACGUUCCAUCGGGGUUGCUUGAGGAAUUGGGAGUAUAUAUAGUGUCAUUUGAUAGACCAGGGUAUGGAGAAAGUGAUGCUGAUCCUAAAAGAAGUGUGAAAAGUUUAGCUCUUGAUGUUGAGGAUCUUGCAGAUAAGCUGGAAUUAGGAUCUAAGUUUUAUGUCAUGGGAUUUUCUAUGGGAGGACAAGCUGUUUGGGGUUGCCUCAGAUUCAUUCCUCAUAGACUUGCAGGGGCAACAUUAUUGACUCCGGUGAUAAACUAUUGGUGGCAUGGGCUUCCUUCAAACAUGUCCACAAAGGUCUAUUAUGACCAACCUACACAAGACCAAUGGGCAGUUAGAGUUGCUCAUUAUGUUCCAUGGCUUACAUUUUGGUGGUUUACUCAAAACUGGUUUCCUACUUCAAGUGUAGUACAAGGCAAUCCUGCUAUUUUCUCUCCCCAAGAUUUAUCCAUUAUUUCCAACUUCGAUAAAAAUGAACAUAAGUCACAGGUGAAACAACAAGGUGAGCAUGAAUCUAUAUGCCGUGACGCGAUGAUUGGAUUUGGAAGUUGGGAUUUUGAUCCACUUGAUCUUGACAACCCUUUCCCAGAUAAUACAACCCAAGUUCAUCUAUGGCAAGGUGCUGAUGAUCGGCUUGUCCCCGCUACGCUGCAACGCUAUAUUGUUCAAAAACUUCCAUGGAUUCAAUACCAUGAAGUGCCAGGUGCUGGACACUUGUUUCCAUAUAUUGAGGAAGUGAGUGCAGCUAUCAUCAAAACACAAUUGAUGGAUACAAAAUAGUGUACCAAGUUAAGCUACCAUUGUUACUUUUGUAGUGUUUAAGGCUUGUUAAUUUGUUUUAGAUUCUUGGUGUUUUGAUCCCUUUAAAAGUGCAAAUUGGAAGUGGUAUUUAACUGUUUACACUUACCAAAAUUUGAAACAAACAUGCACUAAAGUUAAACUUAAGACAUGAACCUAUUUUGUGUUUCAACUAUGUUGUUUGAUCAUUGAAAUUCUGACACUGUAUGAGUUUAUCUU